AUGUGUGUCAUCAGGUUGCUUGCUUUCUUCCUUCUCUUCUCUUCCUCAAAAGCUUUUAACAUCACCAAAAUACUUUCCCUACAACCAGAUUUUAGCACUUUCAAUAACUAUUUGACACAAGCCCUACUAGCCAGUGAGAUCAAUAGCCGCCAAACCAUUACUGUCCUUGUUGUUGAGAAUUCAGCAAUGUCAGCCUUAUCUGGAAAAUCCAAUGACAUUAUCAAAAAGGUCUUGAGCUUACAUGUUGUGCUUGAUUACUAUGAUGUCCAAAAGCUCCAACAUUUACCAAACAAAACUUCCAUGCUUACCACAUUGUUCCAGUCCAGUGGCCAAGCUAAAGGCCUACUAGGUUUCUUGAAUGUCACGGCAGCAAACACAGGUGGUGUAUCAAUAGCUUCUGCUGCUGGAUCAGGUGUUGGUGCUUCUUUAGUUAAAGCUGUAGUGUCUCAACCUUAUAAUAUCUCAGUGGUGCAAAUUAGUACUGUCAUAAUGCCUUCAGCCAUUAUUGGCCCGACUCCACCUUCUUCAUCACCUUCUCCUACGCCACGUGUAAGUCCGGCACAGCCUCCCUCUAGUAAGCCACCUGCUGCAGCGUCUCCAACGACAGGUACUGCUCCCGCUCCCUCCAAUGGAACGACAGGUACUGCUCCCUCUCCUUCAACGACAGGUACUGCUCCCGCUCCUUCCAAUGCAACGACAGCUCCCUCUCCUUCCAAUGCAAUGACGCCUUCUGCAAAUGCCCCAGCAGAUAGUAAUGCGCCUGCCGCUGAUUCGCCAGUCGGUACCCCUCCACCAGGUGCGGCAAAUGGACCUACUGCCGAUGGUCCUCCAUCCGACACAGCGGAUGCACCUAAUGGGAACACAGCUACUAAGUCUGGGAGGAUCAGUUUUGCAGUUGUUGUUAUGACAAUUUCGUUUCCCACUUUGCUUGUGGGUUCAAUAAUGUGA